AUGCACAGAGUCGGAGCUGACUUCGCCGACCAUGCUGGACUUGAUCAGCACAUGCAGCGUGCUGGGGAUUGGGCCCGGGAAGUACAUCAGCAACUGCUGGGACAGGACCAGAUCCUCUCGCCGUAUGAGUGCGCGACGACAGCCGAUAUUCCAAAAUGGUCACGUGCACACAAAGAAUGGUGCUGCGAGCACCAAGACACCGCGUGUGCGGAAGCCUCCACAACUGCGUCGACGAGCCCGUCACCACAGCAUUACAUGUGGAUCUCCGUGCCACUGCACAAGGGGAAGUAUGACUGCGCAGCUGGGAUCGACAACUGGCUGAAAGGUUGGUCCCAUCGCAAACAGAACUGGUGCUGUCAGAACAAAGGCAUCGGCUGCUUGCACGAGGCGUCGGACAACUCAGCACCGUGUCAGGCAGCAGUCGGCAAGGCGGCUCGCCAGAGCCGGUGGAAUAUGGAGGCAGCCACAAGGCUCCGCGACCCGCAUGCCGAGACGCCGCAGAGUCUGUUCCCCCAGCAGGAGUUGGAAGAGCUCAUCUUGAACGACAAGAAGGCAUUCCUGAAAACCAAGUGCGCCGAAUGUGGUGGCAGCUGCGGCCUUGCAAAGAAGUACAAGGAGACCAUGUCGGUAAUUAUCAAGAGCAUGAUCGACACGUUUUGGUGUCGCGAUUGCGGCCGAGUACUUUGUGACACGCAUCGCUAUCAGCACACAUGCGAAAAGCUUGAUGCACUGAAGGAGAAGAAUGCGAAGAUCACCAAAGAGGCGCUUCUUGAACAGCUGCGAGCAGACGAGGAGCGUAAGGAGGCUGCAGAGGCGGCUGCUAGAGCAGAGCAGCGUCGUGCAGCCGAGCAGCUUGAGCAGGAGAAGUCGCAGCGGAAAGCGAAGAGGAAGAUUCUGGCGACAAAGGCGAAGCAGGUGGAAAGUUUCAUUCAGCAAAGAUCCCGAGAUGCCGAUGGCUUGCGACCUGCCACGCACAAUCAGCUGCUGGAGCUUUAUCCACGCGCGAGAGGACUAGCGCUCGCACUUUACAAUCAAUUCGAGCACCCCGACAACACAGAAGUUGGAGGCAAAGACUGGGAGGACGUCAAAGAGAUCUACAGCAAAGCACGCGAGCUCACAGGCAUGAUCAUCAUGACGGAGGAUGGACCCCUUGACAUGCACAACCCAUGGGAACCGGCACCAGCUGAUGAUCAGGGGUUGCUGGGAAUUUUGCCUCUUCAAGUCGAAGUUCUGGAAGUUGGGAAUCCUCUCGUGUCUUGGGCCUCCAGCGACAACGAGGCCGAGGAUGUUGGCUCUGUCGUGCUCGAUCUCAGCAUUUGCUUCCAGUUUCCAGGUUCCGUGCACGCUGUUAGAGCAGUCUUAACAGACGGUGAGGAUGUUGCAGAAGCGUUGCCAAUUUUUGUUAUGUUGGAGCAUGUGGAAGCACAGAGUGGAGCAGUUUGGAAAGUCACAGCCACCUCAGAUGCAAGUCCUGGUUCGCCACGCGGACGGCCAACACGACUAAGACUAUCUGAACCGUUGUUUGCGAGACCAGGGCAGUGUUUGGGCUGGUUUACGCCACGGGAUCGAAGGUCAGCAAAACCGAACCGCAUUGGCUUUACCGAUGCUGUGUCCUUUGGCCAGCGCUGGAUGCACCCAGAUGGCAAGGACAAACUGGACCUCUCUGCCUUAGCAGAAGCUCCGUACCCACCAAAUACACUUCGUGAAGGUUCGCAAUUGAGCUUCCACAAUCUCUACCGCAGACGCUAUGCCCUGGUAGCAGAACAGGAACCUUCACAGCACAGUUUUCACCAUUAUGCCUUAAGCCAAUUUCUUCGCAGAACUGGGAAGUCUGAUUCACGCGUUCCAGCUGCAGGGAAUUGCUGGUCGGGAACAACCCCUGAGAUGUGCUGCGUGCCUGCGGGAACCGGCACUCCGUGGUGCUUCGAUGCAGUUUAUACUUACGAGCUUUGCUGCACACCCUCGGCUGCGGGAGUGAGUGGUUGGACCCCUACUGAGCACUCCCUGCCGCCAAGCAUGCUGAUGCAACUGCAGCCGAAUUUGGUUGAGCCGCAUGGUCUGUCUCUGUCUCCCAGGCCUGUUCUCUCUGUGGAUCUCUUCGUGCGCACUUACCAUGCAAAGAUGCAGGAGCUGAUGCAUUUGUUGCAUUCGGUGGCUUUCUUCUGGCCAGCUGACUGGGGAGUCGUCGUUGUUCUGGAUGGUGACAGCAUCGAAGAUGAGCACGCCUGCACUUUGCUGCCAAGAUGGGUCCGAUGCAUUCUGCAGCCAAUGCCUGCAUUCUUGGUGGAUUUGCAAACAUCCUUCAGUCACGUAGAUCCGUUCGGCCAUGUAGGAGGAGCCCGACGCCAGCGUGGACUUGUUUGGAAGGAGUGGACAGAGUGUUGGGCUGACAAGUAUUCAAAGGCCCAGUUCAUCGCAAUUUGUGACAGCGACGUCGUUCUCACAACAUUUGGCCUACCACAGCUCAUGUUCCAACCAGCAGGACCAGCAAGCAGCCAAGUUCGACCUGUCAUUUGGGCACAUGCCGACAACGCGCAGUUUCCCAACACUGUAGCUGCACUCGGACUGCCACUGCAAGCCGAGUUCAUGGACGGUUUUCCGUUGGUCAUUCAGCGACGUCAUUUCCAGUCCCUGCGACGUCACAUUGGCUGGCUGUAUGGAGAGUCCGAGAAGAAUUCAUCCAGUCGGGACUUUAACUCGGCCUUCGUCCGGUUCUUUGCCAGAGUGCGAGUACUCUCUGAAGGGGCCGAGUGCCCGUCUUUCCAUUCAAUGAUGGGUUCUCUGCUGUGGGUUUAUCACCGGGCCCAGUAUGUGUGGUCUAUCCGGCAUGGACACUUGGGAGGUGUAGCGCUUGAGCACACCUGCCCUCGUUUGCGUGUGGCCCAGCAUGUGGCAUAUUGGGGCAAGGAGAACUGGAUAUCUUACGCGAGACUGCCGGAAAAGCACUUAAAGGUUGGAGGGCAUCCGGCGGUCUUGUCCGAAGUUGCUUAUGCUGCGCGAGCAACUGCGCUCAUUCUUUCCGGCUUGUGCGCAGCACAGUGGAUGGAGGUCAACACUUCCAAGUUCAGAAGUUUUUCGCAUUCCAGACAGAACUUCACAUACUUCACCUCUGCAGCCGGGCAUGGCAGGCCACAAGUCCCCGAUGCAGGCCUGCUCGAGGUUCAGAGGGACCUUUGCUCACACGGCCUUCGCCUGGCAGAAGGGCGAGCGGAGCUUGAGGAAAGGCUGCUGGCACGAAGCUUUCCUGGCCAACGCUGGACCUCCACAGAAGCUAUGCACUGCGGAAGCUUGCAACCAGAGAAACUACUAUCAGCAUACCGUCGCCCCUUUGACUGUCUGAAGGGCACAGCCAGCCGCUGGCCAGCGCAAAAAUCGGUCUGGUGCUGUCUCCACGAAAACCGUGGAUGUCCAAUGCAGGGAGCUUCUGAGGUUCACAAGUUUGAUUGUGACGAUGGCUUCUCGAAUUGGGCAGUCGGAUGGUCUACAGCGAAGCAG